AGAUGAACGUAAAUAUUACCGAAUUUGAACAAAUAAAAGUUCACGUUGAAAGACGAAAUAAAAUUCUGCACGAAUUGCAAGAAAUUUAUACGAAAUGUUUGUCGCCUCGGACGAACGACAUAGGUCGCGUAGUUCUGUGUGCAAUCUGCCGGAUGCAAUAAGAGGGUCGUACUCACCUAUUGUGGAGGAUCUUUUGAAGGAAAUGAAUGAAACGAAAUUAAGGAAAUUUAAUGAAAAUGAUAAUGAUGGUAAUGAUUGCUAUCGGUGUAAGCAUUUUUUGAAUAUACCGCAAAAUUUGAUCAAAGCUUGCGAAGAACUGUCGGAUUGCACGGAAGAGUACGAGGCUGAUUUAAUUUUCGUUCAGGCUGUGGUUUGGCUAAAGUCAGCGACAACGUUUAUGAAAGAUAUCUCCAUCGAACAGUUUCAUUUGAUAUUUCACAAACAAUGGAAUCUAAUGGAAAUUCAUCGAAAUAGAAGGAAUGCAACACGCAAGGAUUUUGAAAGCUUAAAUCUGCAUACGAUUCCCAAAUUUCUACUGGAAGAAUUACACUGCGACUUUCUAGAUUCUCCUAAACCAUUUGACACAAGUAAGAAAAGCUUCGAUAGCGAUCUAGAGUAUGCCAAUUCUAUUGAUUUAGUUAGCAAUAUCACGUGGAAUAGAAAUUCCCAAUUAUCCCACUGUGACACGAAACAAGACGACACAGAUUUCAUAAAGUGUUGCACCGACCUAUCCAUCUUCGUUUCUCGAACUUCUGAGAUACAUGUUCAGAGUGCAUGCUCUCUUAUCACAGAUAAAAGCACAACCUCUGAUAAGUCCAUUAUUCCAGAGUCGGACAGGGAAUAUUCAUCCUGUUCGGAUAUAUUCAAAGAUUCCUUAGAGAGCGAAGAAAUUAAUAAUGCAGCAGAAAAUAAAAAUGAAAAAUCUGUUGAGAGAAACGAAUUUAUUGUUGGAGUAUCGAUGGAAGACUCUUUGGUCGCUACUCGUGCCACUGAUCCCUCAUCGAUUCGUUCAGAGUUUGAAGAUGAAUGGAAUAGAAACGAUUCGGAUGUUACUAUGUUUGACAAUGACUAUUCACUGUCUCGAAACAAUGACAAUAAAUUGACAUCGGAAUCAAGUAGUCAGUCAAUAAUACAAUGCACAAACGAAUCAGAUUCCUAUCCUCGAAAGAAAAAUGUUCUAAUUCCACCAAAGCAAGUUAAUAAAGUUAUUAAUAAUAGUUCUUUUCUGAAAGACAGUGCCUACGAUACUUAUCCAUUAAGCGGGGUUCGUUGUGUCAUCAAAAACGAUGAUACCAUAGUUUUAUCAAACGGAGAGAUUGACAAUACUGUUGUCUACCAAAGUGCAAUCAGUUUGGAUUGUUUUACUAUGCCCAAUGAAAAUUAUUUAUCUGAUGGGAAACAACAGUCAUGGUUAUCCUCGUUGAAAUUGACAUUGGAUCAGGAAAAUGAAAGGACAGAUUCGUUUAUGAUAGAACCUAGUCAAAGAAAUGUGGAAAGACAAGAACAUAAGGACUUCGAAGAGGAUGUGAAACUCAUGGAACCUCAUGCGAAAAGGAUAAAAUUAGAAUGGGUGAAUGAAACUGAUCGUAUGGUUGAGACGAAUACUGAAGAGAGAAAAGAAGGAACGAUCUCCUCUAAAUGGCUGAGAUUUACCCUGGAUGCUCUAAGCAUAGAUGAAGUUGCUUUCCAAUCGGUCAAAGUCAUUCUUUUGAUGCUUCAAGAUGAGAGGAUAGCGAAGCAGUACACGAAGAAAAGGUUUUGGAGUAAUACUCUAGAAAGCGAGGCUGUGAAUGCGAUAGUAAACUUUUGUGAUGUUUUCGAGGCAGAAAAGAGAAGCAACGCUUGUACACAAGAAAUUGUCCAAACGAUAACUGACACGUUGGAGAAAAUUAUAGGAAAUAGCGAAUUGAAUAAGGUAACCAUACUAAUUCAUCAGACAUCCAUUAUUUUAGAACUGUGCACUUCUAUGAAAGUUUGCAUCGAUGUGAUAAACUACUUAACUGCGAAGCUGAAAUCACAAGAAAGUAUUUUAGUUUCUUUGAUGAAUAGCAAGAAAGCUCAUGUGCACACCAUAGUAAAUCAAUUACAUAUUACUUUCUAUGCGUUAACUUUUUGUUUGAAAAAGUAUCGAUCAGUUUUUUGUAACAAAGAUAAGAGUCAAUUAGAAGAAGAAAUGAUACCACCGGUUAUUGAUUUAUGGAAGAAACAAUUGCCAUUUGAGAAUGCAAUAAUAGAAGAUAAUGUACAAAAAAGGGAACAGCGAUGGUUAACGAUUCUAAAUGAUUUCACAGUAAUUGCUGCGAACGACUUUACCCAAUUUACGGAAAAUUCACGUAGAUUAAUCGGUAUACUGACAUGUAAAUGAGUAGUGUUCUAAUUGCAACAUAGUAUUAUACACUAGUGCAUCUACAAUGUAUGAAAUUUCGUUUUUAUGAUUGUAUUAUUUUAAAUAAAUAAUAAUUGUUAUUGCGAAA